AUGGCAGGCCUCAUAUCCUCAGCAAGAACCUAUGUUAACCAACUGUGGAAAAGCACCGAGUCCCGAGUUACCCUCCUAGGGCUCGACUCCGCAGGAAAAACAACUCUCCUGUACAGGCUCAAGCUAGGGGAACAGGUUACAACAAUUCCAACUAUCGGUUUUAACGCUGAAACGGUUCAUGUUCCAUCGGAGGGAGUUGAUCUCAACUUCUGGGACAUUUCAGGGGGGUGUUCCAGACUUAGCCCGGGCUUGCUUAGGCACUACCAAACCUCUGAAGUUAUUUGUCUGUUCGUAAUUAAUAAAACGGACACUGAGAGAGCGGAUGAGGUGGUCUAUGAGCUGGAAUACCUUAAGGGUAUUGAGGCUAAGUAUCUUGCGGUGGUUUUUAACAACUUUGCGUAUAGACAGUCAGAUCGCGUUGAAGUUCGGAGUCUUGUUUCUAGGGUCAUCGAGGUUAUUGAAAGACUUAGGCGCCUUGUGGAUUUUCCUUGUGAAGUUUACGAUGACCUGGACCAAUUUAAUGCGGCAACAGGGAAGUCAACGGAUAUUCUCCUGAAACGACUGGCCCGUGUCGCAAAGACACAAACCACCAAGCUAGAAAAGGGACCAGUCACAAAAAGGAUAGCAGAGGUUGAAAAUCCGCCAAGUCUAUCAAGAGAAGAUCUUCUGGAACGAAUUCGAGAAGACUCGACAGACCCGACUCAUAAGCUAUCCUCCGAUAAUUUCAUGCGGCAAUUGGUCACCGGGGAACUGGAGAAAUGGGAUCACCAGUGUCAUUUGCGUGCCGGAUUCCUGUUUCUAUUGGAAUGUAUUCUGACAGAUAAUGUGGUCUUUGCUGCAGCGGAUAUGUUUCUCGAGUGCUUGGAUAAAAUGCUGAAGGCUAACACGGGCAAAUUUCGGAACGCCUUGCACAGGACCACGACGAUCUUCUGGUUGCACCAGAUAUACCUUCAAAUACUAUCUUUUCGCGAAAAGAACGGAGCCCUCCCGCACCGUGACCGAUUUAGCGAAUUUCUCGAGCAACAUCCCGACCUAAUGCGAGGACGACUAUAG